AUGUUUGGUAAGAAGAAACAAAAACCACAAAUGGACACUUCAUAUGUUUCAGUUAUUGAUGGUGUGAAGAAGAUUUAUGAUGAAAAAAUUAAAAAAUUAGAAGCUGAUUAUAAAUAUGAUUAUUUAGUAUCUCCUCUUAUGAGACAAGCUGAUUUUGAAGCUAAGCCAAUGGUUUUAUUCCUUGGUCAAUAUUCUACUGGUAAAACUACUUUUAUUAAUUAUUUAUUAAACUAUGAUUAUCCUGGCUCUCAUAUUGGUCCUGAACCAACUACUGAUGGUUUUAUGGCAAUUAUGCAUGGACCUAAUUCUACUAAUAUCCCAGGUAAUACAUUAUGUGUUCAAUCAGAUAAACCAUUUACUUCAUUAUCUAAGUUUGGUAAUGAUUUUAUGGCUAAAUUUAAUGGGUCAUUCUGUAAUCUUCCACUUCUUGAACAUUUAACCUUUAUCGAUUCUCCUGGUGUUUUGUCUGGAGAAAAACAAAGAAUUG